AUGUCUCUUUCUAAGAAGUUAACUUUGGACAAGCUGGAUGUUAAAGGGAAGCGAGUCAUCAUGAGAGUAGAUUUUAAUGUUCCCAUGAAGAAGAACCAGAUUACAAAUAACCAGAGAAUCAAAGCUUCCAUCCCAAGCAUCAAGUACUGUCUAGAUAAUGGAGCCAGGUCAGUAGUUCUUAUGAGUCAUCUAGGUCGACCUGAUGGUGUUCCCAUGCCAGAUAAAUACUCAUUAGAGCCUGUUGCUGCUGAGCUCAAAUCCUUACUGGGCAAGGAUGUUCUGUUUCUAAAGGACUGUGUGGGCCCAGAAGUGGAGAAAGCCUGUGCCAACCCGGUUGCUGGUUCAGUUAUCCUACUGGAGAACCUACGCUUUCAUGUGGAGGAAGAAGGAAAAGGCCAAGAUCCUUCUGGAAAUAAGCUUAAAGCUCAAUCAGAUAAAAUAGAAGCCUUCCGAGCAUCACUCUCCAAACUAGGGGAUGUCUAUGUCAAUGAUGCUUUUGGCACUGCUCACCGGGCCCACAGUUCUAUGGUGGGAGUGAAUCUGCCCCAGAAAGCAUCUGGAUUCCUGAUGAAAAAAGAGCUGGACUACUUUGCCAAAGCCUUGGAAAACCCAGAGAGACCCUUUCUGGCUAUACUUGGUGGAGCCAAAGUGGCAGACAAAAUCCAACUUAUCCAAAAUAUGCUGGACAAAGUCAAUGAGAUGAUAAUUGGUGGUGGAAUGGCUUUUACCUUCCUUAAGGUACUCAACAACAUGGAGAUUGGUGCAUCCCUCUUUGAUGAAGAAGGGGCCAAGAUUGUCAAAGAUAUCAUGGCUAAAGCCAGUAAGAAUGGUGUGAACAUUACCUUUCCUGUCGACUUUGUCACUGCUGACAAGUUUGAGGAGAAUGCUAAGGUUGGCCAAGCCACUGUAGCAUCAGGCAUACCUGCUGGCUGGAUGGCUUUGGACUGUGGUCCUGAGACCAACAAGAAGAAUGCUCAAGUUGUGGCCCAAGCCAAGCUAAUUGUGUGGAAUGGACCUGUAGGGGUAUUUGAAUGGGAUGCCUUUGCUAAGGGAACAAAAGCCCUCAUGGAUGAAAUUGUGAAAGCCACUUACAGGGGCUGUAUCACCAUUAUAGGAGGUGGAGACACUGCUACUUGCUGUGCCAAAUGGAACACUGAAGAUAAAGUCAGCCAUGUGAGCACUGGAGGAGGUGCCAGUCUGGAACUCCUGGAAGGUAAAGUCCUUCCUGGAGUGGAAGCCCUCAGCAACCUGUAG